AUUCCCUCACUCUCCCAAACACACCCUUCCAAUCUCACCACCACCAAUCCCAACACAACCGGUCAAAUAAAAAAUGUUGACCACCGCCGGACCACCACCAUCGCCGCCACUCCUCCUCCUCCUCAUUCUCCUCCUCAUCACAUCCCCACCCCCAUCAAAUUCCCUCUCCUUCUCCCAAUUCCAAACCCUAUUCUCUCUCUCCCAUUCCCUCAUGACUCGCGUCGCCAACCUCCGCGCCUCCCGCGGCGACCUCUCCGGCUCCGACCGAGCCAGGCUCAUCGCCGCCAAGCUCAAGCGAGCCACGGGUCUAGGGUUUUGGGGAGCCAUGUGGUCCGUGGGUUGGGACUACGUUAGGAACUACUCCUGGAGGGAUUUUACGGCGUCGUUUGAGGUUCGAGGGGCUGUGUCCGACUUGAAUGAGUUGUUGAGGGCUUUGAAUGAGUUGACUCGGAUGGAAUCGCCGGCUGAGAGGGUUGAGUGGGUUAGCCGAAAUUACAAAAAUGCCCUCAGGGUUUCGAGGUCUUUGCUUCAGAGACUUCUUCAAGUGUUUGGUCAAUCGGGGCCUCUGAGGGAAGUGGUGGAGACAGUACAAAAAGAGGUGGUGGAGGGUGAGUUACUAAGGGACUGCCUUGAAUUGGGAAACGAUGACCUGAAGGGUUUGAUUCAAAUCUUCAAAGACAUUGCUUUACAAUUCUCAUCCAAUCCUGACAGAAGUCAUGAUCUAUGAUUGAGAUAUUCUACUACUCACCUUCCCUUAUCAAGGCCCCAUUUUUUGUUUUUUGGUGUUACAUUGCUGCAUGUAUCUAAUCAUUUGUAUCACUAUAAAAUGGAUUAGUCUGAACCACAUGGGUGUGUUUAUAUUUCUAUACAAAUAUUAAAAUAUGUCUCAUUUAUAUCCAUUUAUUGGAAGUCAAAAUGUUUAUUACUA